AAUAAAACUCGAUGAGUGGUAGUUUUCAUCAUCAUCAUCCACCUCGUCGUCGUCGGCGUCGUCGUCGUCGUCGUCGUUGUGUCGUGUGGUGUCGGUGUCGGUGUCGGUGUCGGUAUCUAUAAUAAUCGGUAUCUAUAAGUCGUUCAAACGCGACGAACGUUGCUCAUUUCAUCUGACGAACGAUGGUGGUUCUAGAUAUUUUCGAAAAUAUAUCAUCGGUUCCGAAGCUUUAUUAUGGAGCUUUAUUCGGAAUUGGUUUCAGCUUUUAUUACCUUUUCGAGGUCGUUAAAACCCCAUUAUUGGUAUGCGCGAAAGGACCAUUUCGUUCCUUUUUAGAGGAUCAUGUGCCAUUGGUGAAAAAUAAAUUUUGGCCUACUCUAUGGUGUUUCGAAUCACGAGCGCAAACCGUAUUAGCAAGUAUAGUUAGAGCACGUGUAUUACCAACAAUUCAUUACCGCAGAGAAAUUUUCACAUUGUCCGAUGGCGGCGAGGUUGCUUUAGAUUGGGCUGAGGAAAACUGUCCGACUACGUCACCAAUUGUUAUCAUUUUACCAGGUCUUACCGGUGCUAGUAAUACGGAAUAUAUCAAAUGUCUGGUAUCAGCAGCCAAGAAAUCACGUAUAAGAUGCGUAAUAUUCAAUAACAGAGGAUUGGGUGGUGUUAAAUUGAAGACACCACGGACUUAUUGCGCCGCUAAUUGCGACGAUCUGGCAGAGAUUAUCGAGCAUUUAAAAAAAUUACAUCCUAAUGUUCCCCUCGGUGCAACUGGUAUUUCAAUGGGAGGAUUGAUAUUGGGUAAUUAUCUAGCACAAAACGGUGAAGCUGCGAAAGAUAAAUUAAAGGGAUGUUUUAUCAUCUCAGUGCCUUGGAACGUAUUUGCCGCAACAAAAAACAUCGAAGAUAAUUAUAUAAAUUUGAUGUUGAAUAAGCAUUUAGCUAGUAAUCUUUGUCGUACGGUAAAAAAAUAUUACUCCUCUUUGGAGACUGGCUUAGAAAACGUGGAUAUGAACGACGUCUUACGUAGUCAAACCGUACGAGAAUUCGAUUCGAACUUUACGACCAAGCAAUUUGGUUUCAAAGACGUCGAAGAGUAUUAUCAGAAAGCAACGUUACAUGAUAAAUUGCAUUUAAUGGAGGUACCGGUGUUAUGCCUUAAUGCGGCGGAUGAUCCAUUCCAACCGUUAGAAGCCAUACCACUAAACGAAUUUAGCAAAACUGAAAACGUCGCCAUCGUGGUAACUUCGCGCGGUGGUCACAUUGGAUUCCUCGAAGGUUUUUGGCCAGUAAAAGAGGAACAAUAUAUAAGCAAACUAUUUUGCCAAUAUUACACUGCUCUAUUUACCACUGGUAUGGAUUUACUUUCCCAUUAAAAGAUGUAUCGUUGUUUUGACAUCAUCGAAGAGAAUCGUCGAUGCAAACAUUUUUAGUAAUUAUUCGGGGCGAUUGAUCAAGGUGUGCCAUUGUAAGUUAUUACUUGUCUUUUUUUGUUUUCUUCUUUUUUUCUUUAUAUAUAUAUAUAUAAUAUACAUAUAUAUAUAUGUAUACGUACAUACAAUACAUGUGUAAAUAUAUAUAUAUAUAUAAAUAUAUUAAAAACGACACGUUACACGACGAUGAUUAAAACGCCAACAAUACAUUCCUAAAAUAAAAUUAAAAAAAAUAUAUAUAUAUAAAAAAACGGGCGAAGUUUUAGUAUUAUUAUUAUUCAUAGAUUGCAUUGUAUGCGUUAAUUAUGAUUUAGCCAUACGAAGAAAAAUCUCAUUAUACAUAUAUACAUAAAAUUAUACUUAUUUAUAAAAUAUAUAUAUGAAGUGAUUAUUUUUCUUCGAAUAUCAACUAUAGUUGUCCGUACGAUAGCGUUUCAUAUGCGUGAAAUAAUUUUUAAUAAUUUAUUAACAAGAAAAGUAAAAAAGAAAAAAAGGAAAAGAAAAGAAAAAUAGAAAAAGAAGAAGGAAGAAGUAUGUGAAACACGCGUAUGCAUUUAUCUUUCAUAAACAUUUACGCAAAUAAAUUGUUUUUUUCCGACGACGAUUAUAUUAUAUCACAAAUAAUAAUACCUGAACCCCCGUAAUAAUUUUAGAAGAUGUACAAACAGUAAUAUAUAACAUUUACAUACGUUAUAGCUUGAAUUUUAAAUUCAAAGCUUGGACGAUGAACGAUAAAAUGUCUGUGUUCUCCUCGAUCUAAAAACAAACAGAACAAAAUCGAAUGUUUAUACGAUUGUUAAUAACGUGUGUGACGUAGUUGAAAUUUAAUUAAUAAAUAAUACUAACAACUUUAGUGGUUGGUUUUCCACCGCCAUGGCCAGCCUUAGUAUCUAUUCUUGCGAGUAGUGGAUUUGUUUGAUUUGGUACAUUUCCAAGCGUAUAUUGUAAAGUGGCUAUGAGCUUAAGACUAUGUAACGGGACAACACGAUCAUCGUGAUCGGCUGUUAAAAGCAAUGUAGCUGGAUAUUGAGAACCAUCUUUUGGUAUCUUAACAUUGUGUAAUGGUGAAUAUUUAAUUAAAUUUGCAAAAUGCUUCGGAUUUUCUGAACUUCCGUAAUCGGAGACCCAAGCAGAACCGAUCGUAAACUUAUGAAAGCGUAACAUAUCCAUCACACUGAAAAAAUAUAUUAUAAGAUAAAAGACAUACUUUUAAAUUAAUCAACUUCUUUUUCGAUAACGUCAUGAAAAACAUUCCACAGAUAUUUUUUUUUUUUUAACUUUUCAAAAGUCUUUUAAAGAUUUUAUCUUACAUUUAAAGAAUUGAAUUUAAGAAAAAAAAAAAAAAAAGAAAAAGAAAGAAAAAAAAAGAAAAUAAAAGUAAAAUGUGAAAAAUAUGACGAUGAAUCCUUUUGUAUCUUUUAUCAAUAUAUUUAUAUGGAUAUAUUUAUUGAAAAAGCCAUAAAAGAGAUAUUAAACGAAUAUAUCGAUUAUAUUAUAUUAGACAGUAAACGUGUCAAUAUUAUUUUUUAAUAAGAAAGAAAAUAACUAACCCGACUUGUGCGAUAGCAGCACCAAAUAAACUCGGUCGCUGAUUUAUACAAGCAGCUACCAACAAUCCACCAUUACUUCCUCCUUGAAUAGUUAAUUUACUAGAUGUAGUAUAGCCAUUGUCUAUAAGAUAUUCUGCUGCACAUUGAAAAUCAUCGAAUACGUUUUGCUUAUUAAGUAGUCGACCACCAUUGUGCCAUUUUUCUCCAUAUUCUCUGAACGAUAAAAAAUAAUUAAUGAUGUAUAUAUAUAUAAUAAUAUAAAUGUCAAUAAUAUAA